AGCAUCGUUUCCGAGCUCGAGCGGAAAUAAUGUCACCUCGUGAUCGCCGUGCGACCGUGAGAGAAUCCUAAUUAAAAAGAUUGCUUCAAAGUUUCGGCGUGUCACGCUUCCAACGAUUUUAUUUCUCGUCACUAAAUAGUUUAUUCUAUCGGAGUGCUAGUCGCUUUUCUUCUCCAGCCAAUCGCUGCGUCCAGACGAGGGCCAGAAGAGAGAAAAAAAAUAGAUGCAAUUUUGCAAAGUUGAUAGGUGGAUUUUUGUUACUAGUAAAACUUGUUUUCGUAGAACGGACUGGAAACUUUUUUCGCGUUGUCCCGGAUCUCGGGGAAGAUCGUGAAUUUUUUAGUUUAUUGAGUGUGGUGAUUUUUGAGGUCUGAUUUAUUUGGCAAAAGUGAAGUGCCGCGAGUUUGAUUUUUGAUUUUGUUUUUGAGAUAAGGCCCAAAAAUGGUGCCACAACAACAAGACAACCCUUCCGGCUCAGGGAUGCCGUUAUUCGGAUCUAUGAUGGUGGAUAAAAAUUCUUCAACGCCCUAUUCGGAUGCAACUCAGACGAAAAAGAACAACCCCAACCACAUAAAGCGACCCAUGAACGCGUUCAUGGUCUGGUCCCAGAUUGAGCGCAGGAAGAUCUGCGAAAUCCAGCCUGAUAUGCACAAUGCCGAGAUUAGCAAGAGGCUUGGUAGGCGCUGGAAGACCCUGGACGAUGCAGCAAGAAGGCCCUUCAUCGAGGAGGCCGAGAGGCUCCGCCAACUCCACAUGAUGGAGUAUCCCGACUACAAGUACCGACCCAGGAAGAAGACGACAAAACCAACCCCCUCGCCGAAACCCAAUAAAGAGCUCAAGAAAAGCAAGAAGUCUUCCGCCGCCAUCUCACCAAGCCACGUCUCCCCAAAACUCAGAAAUGACACCAACAACAACAACACCACCAGCACCACCACCACCACCACCUCCUCCGCCUCCGCCACCUCCUCUUCACCCAUCAAGAGGCUUCAGAGCCCACCAACAACGAACACACUCUCAAGGCCGAAAAUUGAACUUGCCCUCGGCAAGAGGCCAGCUGACUACACCCCACUUCCGCCAAUCGUCACUGCCAAGGUACCCUGCAGUCCCUCCUGUGACACUCCCGACUCCCCCGAAUCAGCCAGUUUCUAUGAUGACGCCUUCAUGGACACGAGUUGUCUCCAAUCAAAAAUCAAGCAGGAGGAUCUCGAGUACACCACCCCCGACUUUGGCAACGACAGGCUCCUAUCUUCCGUCAGCUCUUUCGAGACCUUCCAACCGGGUGGCUAUCAGAGGACAACAUCCACCUCCUGUCGGCCGAUGGAUGUCGUCUUCGUCAAGGAGGAACCUCACGAUCUUAAUACUGGUCGGACGACAAUUCAGUCGCUCGCAAAUAUCACUGCCACCAACAAUUCUAAUCAUCAUCAUCAUCUCAAGACUGACGAAACGACGAAUCCCAACUUGUCGGAUCUGGACUCCCUUCUUCAAAUUUCUUCGACGGACCUCCUCCAAAUUCAGACGGACUUUAAACUCGAUCUGGACAUGGGCACAAUCACUGAUCUCGAUUCGUUUGAGACGUCGAGUUCCAGCAGUGGAUCGCAUUUUGAGUUCACCUGCACACCGGAUGUCACGGAUAUGUUGUCUUCGAUUGGUGUUCACAACGAGUGGGUUAGUUUCUGAAAUGAGGGGGGAUGAAAAAAAAAAGAAAGAAACAAAGUCCGACGAUCGAGCUGGGAAAUAUGAUUGUUGAGGGUUUAGUUUUUUUUUUUUUUUUUGAGAAAGCAGUUCGAGAGAUUAGACUCGGAUAAGAAAGGAGGGUUGAUUGGAAUCUUUGGUUUACUUUUUGCAAGAAACUGAAUUCGGUUGACUUAUUUAUUUUCGUGCAGUGGCUGUACAGUUUUUUUUCUUUGUUCUCUUUUUCUUCUUUCUAUUUAUAUAUUCUUUUUUAUUAUUAUUAUUAUUAUUUAUUUAUUUUUAGACGCUUGAAGAAAUGACAGGGUUUCCGGCAUUUUUUUGCUUCUUUCAAAAGUAUUCUGCGGUUUCUGAUUACCGGAAACCGGUUUGCUGAAGAAGGCUUCUUCUUGAUGAGUUUGGAGAAGGUGAGAAUGUUACUCAAACAUCCUUUGGGAAAAUCUCUCUCACUGCCUUUGAAAUAAAGGUUUUGUGGUUUUGGCAAAGUAUCGUUUUGAUGAGGUUUUUGAUGCUGUGGGAAAUUAAUUUCUUGGCGGGUUUGAUCUAUUGGGAAAUGCAUGAAAAAUGGGGCUAAUUGUUUUCCGGGUGGCCGGAAAUUUUACAACUUUUUCGAAGAAAAACAUUUUCUUUUUUUAAAUAAUUACUUGAUUUUUUGUUAAUUUAAACUUUGAAGACUUUCCAAUUUACA